AUGGACUACAUUCAUAGACUUCUGCGUCCACAGCAGCAGCCCCUCACACCCCUUCCUGGAGCAUUUCCCGAAAAUGAAAGCAAUACGGAGCCAGCUCCCGCAGGAAGACGAAAGCCAUUACGAGGACUGCUUCGAAUUGUUUUGAGUGUUCCGCUGAUCCUUUUAUACUACGUCCUCAAUACCAUUCUGUUUCUACUGAACACACUUCGUCCUUUUAGUCGGAUAUAUGGCUUUUACGAUCGCAGAAAUAAGCAUACAUCGAACCAUGCGGAUGACUUAUCGGCAUUGAUCGAGUCUCUCGGUAGAGACUCUACCUCGAGUGCUCGCGGUCAAGAACAGGGAUUGAAUCAAUACAACUUCAUGUCUUUGUAUGACUUAGAGGAUGGUUCUCUCGCAUCACAGGUGGUUGGCGACGGAUACACAGCACUUUUGAAAAGUGCCUCACAACAGGGUAAGUUUGCGAUGAUAUAUCUUCAUGAUUCAAUGCUAGAUGCACCAGUGGAAUAUGUGAACAACAUUCUCUGUACAGAUAGGUUCACUGCUAUGGUAAAGAAAUACCAGGUCCUUUUAUGGUUUGGAGACAUUAUGACUUCAGAGGGCCUUCAAGUAGCGAACGCUUUGAAGGUCAGGCAGUUUCCAUUUCUUGGCCUACUAGCAAUGAAGAAUGAAAGUAAAAUCGAGUUGGUAGGAAGAAUUGAGGGUAGGCUUUUUGAUUACUCUUUAAAUUCAUUAGAGAACAAACUAGCACGCUACUACCCAAAAUUAAUUCAAUUACGUCAACAAAGGCAGAAUGUUGAAUUGCAGAGACUCAUGAGACAGCAACAGGAUUCGCGAUUUCAAGAUUCUCUGAGAAGAGAUCAGGAGCGGGACCAAAGAAGACAGGCAGAACAAGAAUUGCAGCGUCAACAACAACUCGAAGAGGAAUUGAAAAAACAGUGGCUAUUGUGGAGAAAAUCUAAGCUUGCGCCUGAGCCUUCUUCUCCCAGCACUUUGUGCCGCGUAGCAAUCCGGACACUACAAAAUGGCCGAAUCGUACGAAACUUCAAUCCAGAUCUUCCAAUUGAAGAAAUAUACGCAUAUGUCGAGCUGUUGCAACUCGGAUUACUCAACGAUGAGACGGCCCCUCCUCCUACGGAACCUGAUUAUCACUACACGUACACGUUCAAGCUCAUAACGCCAGUGCCGCGCGUAGAAUUGGAUCCUGAAAUGAUCAUAAAAGAUCAGGAUGCUAUUUUUCCCUCGGGAAACGUGGUUAUGGAACUCUUAGACUAA